UUGCAUUGUGCUGCGUUGUGUUCCUUCCUUUCUUACACACACCCUCUGUCUCACUCCUGUUUCUCUCUCUAUCCCUCGUUUACUUCUCACUUCUCUCCUUCUUCUUCUCAUUCAAAAUUUCAACAUCUGUCUCUCUCUGAUUCUUUCCAACUCUCUCCCCCCUGCAUCACCCAUGAGAGCUGUGAUCAUCAUCCCCACAAAGCUUUUUUCUUUUAAGAUUCUUCUGGCAGAAGAAAUGCGGCCCAAAUUCUAGAACCUCCGCGACGUGUGUCGCAGCAGCAACAAUGUCAGUCUACGAUGCAGCUUUCGUGGAUACAGAGCUCUCCAAGAAGACCUCAAUCUUUGGUCUCCGACUAUGGGUUGUGAUCGGAAUCCUCGUCGGUUCUAUUAUUGUCCUCACUCUCUUCCUGCUGUCGCUCUGCCUCACCUCUCGCCGCCAAAGACGUCAACAAAACCCUCAAGCCAACAAAACCCCUGUCGUUUCGAAGGAAAUCCAAGAGAUCGUGCACCCGCCGGCACCCAAUCAGCAUACGGUCCCCGAGAUCCAAGUGGAUUUCGGGAAAGCGGAGCACCGGGUUGUGGUUUUCUCCGAUCGGCUCUCUAGUGGAGAGAGCAAGGGAGGUGCCACCAGUGCGUGUGAAACAACGUCCUCUUUUGGGAGUGGGAGUAUUGGACCUGAGGUUUCGCAUCUUGGUUGGGGGAGAUGGUACACCUUAAGGGAGCUGGAGGCUGCAACUAACAAUCUGUGUGAAGAGAAUGUUAUUGGGGAAGGUGGCUACGGAAUCGUUUACCAUGGAGUGCUUGGUGAUGGUACCAGAGUUGCAGUGAAGAACCUUUUGAAUAAUAAGGGUCAAGCUGAGAAAGAGUUUAAAGUAGAGGUAGAAGCAAUUGGUCGUGUGCGCCACAAGAAUCUUGUUAGGUUGCUUGGCUACUGUGUUGAGGGGGCAUACAGGAUGCUUGUGUAUGAGUAUGUUGAUAAUGGCAAUUUGGAACAGUGGCUUCAUGGGGAUGUUGGAACUGUCAGCCCUUUGACAUGGGAUAUCCGCAUGAACAUUAUAUUGGGAACUGCGAAGGGAUUGGCCUAUCUUCAUGAGGGUCUUGAACCAAAGGUUGUCCACCGAGAUGUGAAAUCUAGCAACAUACUCCUUAAUCGGCAAUGGAACCCCAAGGUUUCAGAUUUUGGACUUGCUAAACUCUUGUGUUCUGAGCGGAGUUAUGUCACCACUCGAGUAAUGGGGACAUUUGGUUAUGUUGCUCCAGAAUAUGCAUGCACUGGCAUGUUGACUGAGAAGAGCGAUGUUUAUAGUUUUGGAAUACUUAUCAUGGAGAUAAUUACUGGGAGAAGUCCUGUUGAUUAUAGUAGACCACAAGGAGAGGUAAAUCUGGUAGAGUGGUUGAAAGCAAUGGUUGGGAAUCGAAAAUCUGAGGAAGUAGUUGAUCCUAAGCUCCCUGAGAUGCCGUCUUCAAAGGCUCUUAAGCGUGCUUUGUUGGUUGCUCUUCGAUGUGUUGAUCCUGAUGCAACAAAAAGGCCUAAAAUGGGGCAUGUGAUCCAUAUGUUUGAGGCAGACGACCUUUUGUUUCGUGAUGAACGCCGGAUUGGAGGAGAAUCUUCCAGCUCCCAUCGUGAUUUGAUACGAGAGCGUAAGGACUCAAAUUCUGAUAAAAACCUUGUAGGCAGAGGUACUGCUAAUCAACCUCAAGAUGAUUAUAGUAGGAAUCAGCAUCAACCCAAUAGGUGGAGAUAAUAAUGAGAUAUUCAAGUGGUUAGCAAUUUCAUUCCCCCCCGUCCCCCCCAACGCACAGAUUUUGCGCCCUUGAUGGGUUUUUGAUAUCCAUGUGAAGGAAAAUAACCUGCUUCUGUUUUUUUUUUUUUUAAAUAAUUUUUUUUGGUUAUACAUGUAUUCCCCCACUGGCUUUAGCCAUGAUAACUCGGGAAUCAUUUGUAUAUUAUGAUUCUUAUUCCUAUAAAAAAAAUCAAAGUUAUGGAU